AUGGAUACCCGACUCAAAUACAAGCAACACAUCGCCAGAGCAGCGUCGAAAGGCCUGGAAGCAGCAUUAGAAUUAACGAGACUCAGAGGCCUACCCACCGCAACUGCCCGACAGUUGUUUUCCGCCACGGUAGCCCCAAUAGUAGAUUAUGCCUCAAAUAUCUGGAUGCACGCCUACAGGUAUAGAAAUACAGCCCCUAUUAACCGUGUUCAAAGAAUAGGAGCGCAGGCGAUUGUCGGGACAUUUCUCACUGUAGCGACAAGCAUUGCAGAAAUAGAGGCAUCGAUACCCACCGCACUGGAGCGCUUCUGGAAACGAGCAAUAAAGCUCUGGGUUGAUAUUCAUACUCUACCUAAAACAAACCCCCUUCAUAGGAUAACAUCACGAGUGCGGAAAUUUUACCGGAGCUAUCGGUCGCCGUUUCACCAAGUUGCAUACAGACUUAAAGACAUGCCGCUAGAGGAACUGGAAUCCAUACAGCCAUUUGCUCUGAAGCCGUGGGAGAAACGAGUCCAAGCCUUUAACUAUGAAAAUGCAACCAAACAACCAGAGGCGGAAUGGGACAUUCGUGUAGCCGUGAGCAGCUCCGCAUGCAACGACGUAGUAGGGAUCGGUGGAGUUGUCCGUGGCACACCAUUUAUCGAUGGGGACGCAACAAGUGAGGAGUUCUCCUUCACUCUAGGUCUCAGAACCGAGCAGAACCCGUAUUCCGGAGAACUAGCAGCAAUGUCGCAUGCGUUAAAUCUCCUACCGAAUGUCAGUCACCGCCGUAUAGCACUCCUAACCACUAAUAAAGCAGUCGCCCUUAGCCUCCGGAAUCCCCGGCAGCAGUCCGGUCAAGUAUAUAUCCGCUCCAUCUAUAAAAGCUUUGCCAAGCUAUGGCGGAACGGAAAUGGUUUAUUAGUAUUCUGGGUUCCUAGCUCCGACGAAAACGAGCUUCUGCAGUUAGCCAAGCGAGAGGCAAGACAGGCAACCAAGGAAGGGGCUACUCCAACGAAAAGAUUUCCUAGAAUGCAAUCCACUACCCUAAACUUGGAAAAGAAGAAACUUACUAGCGAAAGGCACUUUCCGGAUGGGGUGGGCAAACAUUCAAAAAGAGUGGAUGCGGCCCUUCCAGGUCAGCAUACUCGACAGCUAUACGAUAACAGACCAUGGAUAGAACGCAACGUCUUAGCCCAGAUGAGAACAGACAGGACGAGACUUAAUAACUCAAUGUAUCGAAUACACGCCGCAACAUCAAGGCAGUGUGCCUGUGGGCAUGAGCCAGAGACAGUAGCUCAUUUUCUAUUUCGAUGCACACAAUGGGAACAACACCGAACAAAGAUGCACCAAUGCACUGAAACUAACCGAGGAAAUCUUUCAUUCUUUUUAGGAGGAAAGUCACCGUUAGAUGGACCAGAUUGGCAACCAAAUUUGAAGGCAGUGCAAGCAACUAUCAGCUUUGCACUAGCUACGGGACGUCUGGAAAAUAAGCAACACAUAUAG